AUGUCCAAUGAGUCUUAUGAUCUGAACGAGCUAUUCCGAGACGUCGGUAGCUCGCCUGAGCGGCGAUCAACGGAAAGGGGGCGCAACAGCUCGCCUCUUCGUAGUAUCGAGAUAGACCCGAUAGGACCCACGCCACGGCUACCACCACCGAUACAUAGUACAGCCAGUGAUGAAGAUGGGCCACGAGAUCUUUCGGCCUCUCCGGCGCAAAGAGAAGGGUCGCUUGCUUCUUCGGCGCCGAUGCCUGCAAUCAUCAUCCCUAGAAACAAACGGAGAGGCUUGCUGGCGUGGAUGGCUGUCUUGCCAGAAGUCGAUCGACCGUAUGACUAUGGGAACUCGACCAAAUGGACCAUCACGAUCCUCGCAGCGUUGGCUGGCUGCGCAGCACCCAUGGGCUCAGCUAUACUCUACCCCGCACUGCCCGAGAUGGCGAAAGAUCUGAACGUCGCCCCGACGCUUGUUAACUUCGCCGUCGCCUUUUACAUGCUAGCGAUGUCGAUCUUCCCUCUAUGGUGGUCGUCAUUCUCCGAGAGGUUCGGUCGCCGCUCCGUCUACCUGACCUCUUUCCUCCUGAACAUCGCGUUUUCCAUAGGCAGCGGGUUCAGCCGCAACAUCGCCAUGCUGAUCGUCUUCCGCGUGCUAUCGGGCGGCGCGGCAGCCUCGGCGCAAGCUGUCGGUGCCGGUACCAUUGCCGACAUCUGGGAGUCGAGAGAGCGUGGUAGCGCGAUGGGCAUCUUCUAUCUUGGGCCACUCAUGGGCCCCCUGCUCGCCCCUAUCAUCGGAGGUGGACUGACGGCUAGCGCCGGGUGGCGAUCGACAAUGUGGUUUCUCGCUGCUUACGGCGCCUUCGUCUGGGUGGCUGUUCUGAUCGGCGUACCGGAGACGCUCGCGCGGGAAAAACAGCAACAGAUAGCAGCAGCCGUGACGCUCCCCGACCCAUCCCCACCCCCCGACGGCAACGAAAACGGCCUCUCCCAAACCCCGAGCCGACGCUCCGUGCGCCUCAAGACGAGGAAGACGGGCGCCUGGCUCAAACGCCUGCUCAUCGACCCCCUCACCAUCCUGACCUACAUCCGGUUCCCGGCGAUCGCGCUGACAGUCUCGUACGCCGCGGUCACGUUUGGCUCUCUGUACGUUCUUAACAUCAGCAUACAGUCGGUCUUCUCGGCGCCGCCGUACGGCUUCUCGCCCAUCGUCGUCGGGCUGCUGUACGUGCCGGCCUCGUCGGGCUACUUCAUCGCGUCGCUGCUGGGAGGGCCAUGGCUGGACCGCAUCAUGAUGCGUGAGGCGCGCAAGGCGGGCCGCUACGACGCCCGCGGCAAGCUCAUCGUGCUCCCCGAGUUCCGCAUGGCCGAGAACGCCUGGCUGUCGGCCAGCCUGUACCCGGGCGCGCUGAUCUGGUACGGCUGGUCGGUGCAGUACGGCGUGCACUGGAUCGUGCCCGCGGUCGCCAACUUCUUCUUCGGCCUCGGCAGCAUGCUGGUCUUCAGCAUGGCGACGACCAUGCUGACCGAGUUCAUGCCAAGAAGCAGUAGUUCCGGCGUCGCCCUCAAUAACUUCGUCCGCAACAUCCUCAGCUGCAUCGGCGGUAUCGCCGGGCAGCCGCUCAUCGAUGCAAUAGGUAAUGGGUGGCUGGCUACGGGCGUGGCGAUUAUUGCGUGGGUCAUGGGCAAUUAUUGCAUCUUCACGGUGCGGCGCAAUGCCGAGAGGUGGAGGAUUCAGAUGGAUGAUGCUAUGAGCAGGCAGCGAUGA